AUGUCUUAAGUUACAUAAGGUUGGUUAGAUUUGUUUUCCUCUAUUCCAGGUUAAUCUUGGGCCUAUACAGGAAUAGCAUUAGCUUUAGGCACAUCUAUCAUUGGAGCAGCAUGGGGUAUUUUUAUUACAGGAGCUUCAUUAUUAGGUGCUUCUGUAAAAGCUCCUAGUAUUAGAUCUAAAAAUCUAAUUAGUAUUAUUUUUUGUGAAGCAGUAGCUAUUUAUGGCGUUAUUAUGGCAAUUAUAAUGUAGGGUAAAAUGAACAAACCUAAAUAAUAGUUAAGCCCAACUGAUUUACAUAAUGCAUUUUAUGCUGGAUAUGCUCUUUUCUGGACUGGAAUAUCUGUUGGAAUUUCUAAUUUAGUUUGUGGUAUAUGUGUUGGUAUUACUGGUAGUGGUUGUGCUAUUUCUCAUGCUUAAUAACCUGAAACUUUUGUAAAAAUUUUAGUUAUUGAAAUUUUUGGAAGUGCUUUAGGACUUUUUGGAGUUAUUGUAGGAAUUAUUUAAUGCGGAGAUGCUACAUUCCCAUCAGGAAAAUGAAAAACAAAAUAAAUAUUCUUAACAUAAGAAAUUAUAAAUAAUAGAGAGAUUUUUUUUAACAAAAAGAGAAAGCUUUUUUAUUAUUUAUUUAUAUUAAAAGAUAAGAUUAUUAUUUUUUUAAAAAAUAUUCUUUUUAUAUAAAAUUAAAUAAUAAAAUAAAAUACAUAAUUUAUAAAA